UGUAGUCAUCGGGCUUAAACUGACAGGGGGGUGAGUGGUGCACAGGGACUGAGACCGUGCAUGUGAGUGACAGCGAGCACCAUCAUCAACUCUCCCCCGCAGCCGCUCUCAGUCUCUCCAUCCUCCUCCCGCAGAGAGACGGAGGGAAUCACACAGCAGACACAUAAAAAAGAGGAUACUGCUUUUUUUUAGACUGGGAAAGGAAGAGGAAAGGGGCAUCAGGAAGCAAAAGUAAAGUCCGUCUUGUUGCUGGCUCCAGCCCAACAGGAGCUUUUCUCUUCUUUUUUUCUCAGAAAGAGCCGUGCUCCGUGUGCACAGCCCGAGGAGGAGAGAGGAUGCUGAACAACAUAACAGACUGCGAGGAGGGAGAGGGGGGACCCAACAGCCAGGGUGAUGGUAACCCCAAAGAGAGCAGUCCUUUCAUCAACAGCAGUGCAGCCAGCGACGCGGAGAAGAGCCAGCAGUAUGACGGCAAGAACAUGGCUCUGUUUGAGGAGGAGAUGGAUACCAGUCCAAUGGUCUCCUCUCUGCUGAGCAGUCUGGCCAAUUACUCCAAUCUGCCAACAGGAAGCAAAGAGCAUGAAGAGGAAGAGUAUAAUGAGGAGGGGGCGCGUCCGUCCAAAAAACCUGUCAAGGCUCCACAGCUGGGCACUCUGAUGGGGGUGUACUUGCCGUGCAUCCAGAACAUCUUUGGGGUGAUCCUUUUCCUACGGAUGACCUGGAUGGUCGGGGUCGGAGGCGUCCUCGGCUCCUUCAUAAUCGUCUUCAUGUGUUGCUCCACAACCAUGCUCACAGCCAUCUCCAUGAGUGCCAUCGCCACAAAUGGAGUUGUACCAGCUGGAGGUUCAUAUUACAUGAUCUCUCGCUCACUGGGGCCUGAGUUCGGUGGAGCUGUUGGGAUCUGCUUCUACUUGGGGACGACUUUCGCAGGUGCCAUGUACAUCCUUGGCUGCAUCGAAAUUCUGCUGAUUUAUAUCAUUCCUCAGGCAGCCAUCUUCCAGAUUGAGGGUCUGGAGGGGCCGGAGGCGGAGGCGGCGCUCCUCAACAACAUGCGGGUGUACGGCACCAUCGUCCUGAGCUUCAUGUCACUGGUGGUGUUUGUGGGGGUGAAAUAUGUGAACAAGUUGGCACUGGUCUUCCUGGCCUGUGUCAUCCUCUCCAUCCUGUCUGUUUACGCUGGAGUCAUCAAGACCGCCAUCGACCCCCCUGUCUUCCCCGUCUGCCUGCUGGGGAAUCGAACCCUUCUCUCUAAAGGAUACGACGUGUGUGCAAAGGUCAUUGAGAUUGACAAUGAAACUGUCACCACCAAACUGUGGAUGUCCUUCUGUGAUUCCGAGUCCCUCAAUGCCACGUGUGAUGAAUACUUCAUCAACAACAAUGUCACCGAGAUACAGGGCAUCCCGGGGGUCAUGAGCGGCAUCCUGGCUGAAAACCUGUUUGGUAACUACCUAGAAAAAGGGGUUAUCCUGGAAAAGCGCGGACUUGUGUCAGAUGUGGAUCCGGACAGUCCCACCACCAGCUCCAACCGUUACGUCCUGGCUGACAUCAGCAGCUUCUUCACCCUGCUGGUGGGGAUUUACUUCCCAUCUGUCACAGGUAUCAUGGCCGGCUCCAACCGCUCCGGCGACCUGCGUGAUGCUCAGAAGUCAAUUCCCAUCGGCACCAUCGCAGCCAUCACCACCACUUCUACUGUGUACAUCUCCAGUGUGGUGCUGUUUGGUGCCUGUAUAGAAGGAGUCGUCCUCAGGGACAAGUUUGGUGAAGGCGUCAGUGGUAACCUGGUGAUUGGUACGCUGGCGUGGCCGUCUCCGUGGGUCAUUGUGAUUGGCUCCUUCUUUUCCACGUGCGGAGCUGGACUCCAGAGUCUGACGGGAGCUCCACGUCUGCUGCAGGCCAUCUCAAGGGACGGCAUCAUCCCAUUUCUCAGAGUGUUUGGUCAUGGCAAAGAAAACGGAGAGCCCACCUGGGCCCUCCUGCUCACAGUUAGCAUCUGUGAGAUUGGCAUCCUCAUCGCCUCCCUGGAUUCAGUCGCACCCAUCCUCUCCAUGUUCUUCUUGAUGUGCUACAUGUUCGUCAACUUGGCCUGUGCACUGCAGACGUUGCUGAGGACGCCAAACUGGAGGCCGCGCUUCAAGUUCUACCACUGGGCUCUGUCUUUCCUGGGUAUGAGUUUGUGCCUGUCGCUGAUGUUCAUCUGCUCCUGGUAUUACGCCAUUAUUGCCAUGGGCAUCGCCACUUGCAUCUACAAAUACAUUGAGUUCCGUGGAGCUGAGAAGGAGUGGGGUGAUGGGAUACGUGGCAUCUCGCUGAGCGCCGCUCGCUUCGCUCUCAUGAGGCUGGAGGAGGGACCACCACACACCAAGAACUGGAGGCCUCAGAUCCUGGUUCUGUUGAGUGUUGAUGCCGAGCAGAACGUAGAGCAGCCUCGUUUGCUGUCUCUGGCCAAUCAGCUGAAAGCAGGAAAAGGUCUGACCAUCGUUGGUACCGCAGUUCAUGGGACCUUCCUCGACAACCACACUGAGGCUCAGAGGGCCGACCAGUCUCUGCGUAAGCUGAUGGAGACGGAGAAAGUGAAGGGUUUCUCCCAGGUGGUCAUCUCCUCCAACCUGCGAGACGGGACGUCCCACCUGAUCCAGCUCGGAGGACUGGGAGGCCUGAAGCACAACACAGUGAUGGUCAGCUGGCCCCGCAACUGGAAGCAGCCCGAGUUCCACCAGCAAUUCAGGAACUUCAUUGAGGUGGUCAGAGAGACAACUGUAGCCAGUCUGGCCUUGUUGGUUCCUAAGAACAUCUCCAGCUACCCGUCCAACGGAGAGCGCUUCACCGAGGGCCACAUCGACGUGUGGUGGAUCGUCCACGACGGAGGCAUGCUGAUGCUCCUGCCCUUCCUGCUGCGCCAACACAAGGUGUGGAGGAAGUGCAAGAUGCGCAUUUUCACAGUCGCUCAGAUGGAUGAUAACAGUAUCCAGAUGAAGAAAGACCUCAUCACCUUCCUCUAUCACCUGCGUAUUGAGGCUGAGGUGGAGGUGGUGGAGAUGCUUGAGGGUGACAUCUCAGCCUACACCUAUGAGAAGACACUGGUAAUGGAGCAACGGUCACAAAUCCUCAAACAAAUGCAUCUGACCAAGAAUGAGAAGGAGAGAGAGAUCCAGAGCAUAACGGAUUCAUCCCGUGGCUCCAUCCGACGUAAACACCCGUCGAAAUUACGUUCCCAGCACAGCACUGAGGAGGGAACCAGCCUGGCAGAGAAACCUGAAGAGGAGUCUGUGGCUGUCUCCAACUCAAAACAGGUCCAGCUGAUCCACAGUAAGAACGCCUCAACGCCAACCAGCCCCACAAGCCCCACAAGCCCCAUGUCCCCUGCAGGGGGUGCUGCCACCUGGACCGACAACAAGGGUGCAGACAAGGGGAGGAACAUUUUAGCAGCGAACCCAGAGUCAGGGAGGGACCUCUUCAACAUGAAGCCGGAAUGGGAGCACCUGAACCAGACUGAUGUGAGACGCAUGCACACGGCGAUGCGGCUCAAUGAGGUCAUCACGAAGAAGUCCAAGGAGGCGAAGCUCGUCCUGCUCAACAUGCCCGGGCCACCGAAGAACCGUGUGGGCAACGAAAACUACAUGGAGUUCCUGGAGGUUCUUACUGAGGGUCUCAAUCGGGUCCUCCUUGUGCGUGGAGGUGGACGUGAGGUCAUCACCAUCUACUCCUAGAGGGCCUUUACAAACACCUACACGGACUCUGCCCGCUCCUCCCGCUCCAUCGAUCCAGGAAAACGCUCCACACUCGUCCAGUCAGCUGCCACCAACUGUUUUGCUCAGACUUCAGUGUUUACAGGUGACAUCCACUCAUGUAGGCUGAGCUGUGUCUGUUCAUUUUUAUCAGGAUACACAGAUAUUUAUUUUCUGUUCUUGGCUCGUCAGCUUGAAAACAGCAGUUAGUUUUGAUACUUUGAAAAUGAAAAAUUCAAACAGUUGAAAUGUUUUUAUUUUUUGGGGAUAUAUGGGACCAACAUACAUACAAGCAUUGAAAAUAAUAAUCUAUUCCCUCUAAUAAAAAUGUUAAUAUGAAACAGAGUAAUUGCAGAAAGUAAAGCUGACGAGCAAAAGAUAAAACAAAAGCAACUACUGACUAUUAAUAUAAAUAAAAACUUCAGGCUUAGAAAACAAAAUGCAGACAAUAGAUGGUUUAUAAACAUUCUGACAUGUUUUAAUCAUUGUUCUGUCCUCCUGCUUUUGUUCCCCGGCCAUUUGUAAAGGAAGGAAUGUUUUUUCUUUGUAUUUAUUUAUUAUUAUUUAUUAUUGAUGUUAUUUAUGUAUUUGUUCAUCUAACCAUGUCUGUCUUUGUCCUGGUCUGUUUUUGUAUUUAAUUGUAUGGUUAGAAGCACACAAGUAAUCAGAGUGUUAGAAAUGAUGCUAAUUCAUUGUGGAAAAAGGUCAGAUGAGUUUUUUUAUCUGUUCAUGUAAUAUAUUCACGUUAAGUAACUGUAUAAGGUCCAGUGUUUAGGAUUAAGAGAGAUCUAUCAACAGAAAUGUUAUAUAAUAUUCAUAAAUAUGUUUUUAUUGGUGCAUUAUUACCUGAAAUUCAGAAUUGUUAUGUUUUCGUUACCCUAGAAUGACCCCUUUCGGACGGCCUUCUGUGUUUUUAAGUUACCUGAAGGCCACCGCAGUUUCUCCUACAUGCAGUAUGUAACUUCACCACUAGAGGCCACUAAAUCCUGCACACUGAACCUUUAAAAAGGCUGGGGUGGUUAAGCUGUAUGUUAAUAUGUACAUAAAUUCCCCCCAAAAUCUUUACACCAACUGUGAAAGAGCAGGGCUGAUAUGUGCAAUGUAGAGUUUAUGAACAAAUCUGACUUGUCCUUGUUAUUGUGACAGCGAUUUAUCUGUUUAUUUAUUUGUCAGCAUCACUCUCUUGUUGCAGAGACAGAAAUUAAAACCAAAAUGAUUAGAGAUUAAAAUGAUCCCAUGUUGGACUUCACUAAUCCUCACAGUCGGACAGGAUCAUAGAGAUCGAUCAGACUCUGAGCUCAGCGCUGGAUUAUUUAAAUACUGCACAUUCCCUUAUUUGUUGUGUAUUACCUUCAAAGUUGUAUAGCCAUGUUUCCUAGUGUGUCCAGAGGAAUGCACAGAAAAUGUAAUGUCACAUGAAAUCAGCAUUUAAUCACAAAACUCUUUAUAUCACUUAUAAUUCCUUAUUGGGUUCAGGAAAAAAAUUAUCUUCACAACUUUUUAAACAAAUGAAGCUUUGUGAUUACUUUCAAACAAAAUGUGCCAAUAUAUAAUGUGACAAUAUUUUUGAUAAAAAUAGAAAUGUGAAAUUUUAACAGAUUUUAGAUCAGGCAUCUCUACUACUUUAAAACAUUUAAUAUGAUAAUGUAAAGAGCUCAAGAGAUAUUUAAAAAACCUAAUUUAUUUUAUAUGUUUUUGAACAGAUGCACAACAUUGAACCAGUUGUAAGAAAUCUAUAGGCUUCACAGUCGCUAAAAUAGUAUUUAUUGUGUUUUAAACAUCUACUAUAUGUCAUUAAGGGUUAACGGUAUGGAUAAGGGAAACGUUUAUUUUACUUAUUUAAAAAUACUGUAGUUUAUACAUUCCUUAUUAAAUUCAACUAUGGGAAAAACAAUUAUUUGCUUUCAUCAGAAAGUUUAUAUAACACUGUUUGUUUGGUAAAUCACACAGUUAGCUUUAGCAUUAACACUGGAAACAGCCGGCCAACUUCCCAAAUGUUGAAAUACUAACAUGAAACAAUCCUCAUUUUAAUUUGCGACUAUACUAAUGCAUUCCAUUUGAUUAUGUGAAAGAAUUCUCCACAAUGUUGACGAGGCCGACAGAAGCAGAAAAUACAACGAUAUCUACGAAUAGAAUCUUAGAGGAAUCUCUUAAGGUGCAUUUAAACAGUUUUGGAGUGAUUUCUGCAUUAAGUCAGAUGAUCCUGUAGAUCACCUCUCAGUCGUUUGUUCUUGUGUGUAUUGAGUGUGAUAUACAAUGAAUGUUUAGUGUCUAUCUGUCACUUUAGAACAUGAAUUCAUGCACAUGUAAGUUGGCUCACUGUACUUUAGAACAUAUGAUAUCCAUAGGGAAACAAAGUGUUGACUUUUGUAUGAGUUUUGAUCCAAACAUGCACUCAUACUGUUGUGUUAUUAUUUUAGUUUUUGCAUCUUUCCCUUGGCCCGUUGUUGCAGUAAAGCCUCAAUUUCUGGCAAAAAUUAAAUCAUUUGCCUUCACUAUCUUUUACAGGGAACCAUAAGACUUGUACAUGUUCUAUUGUCUUGUAGAUUUAUUGUCUAUGUGUUGUUUUUUAUGCUGUAGCUUAUACAGAACCUGACAAGGUUCACAAAAGGUACCUGGAAACCAAGAAUCCCAUUUCAUGCCGUUAUUUUUGUUUCAUAGGACAAUGGUGUAAUUCUGCAGGUACAUUAAUCUGCAGAAGUCACCAUUUUUAAACUCUAUCAAACAGGGAGUUGUGACUACAUGCCCCAGAUUACAUGCUGUGUGUGUAUGUGUGCAUGUGUGUGUGAGCCUGACAUUAUGGGCACACUUGUUGAGAAGAGGACACUGUACAGCUGAAUAUCAAGUGAAGACGGGACCUUUGUAAAUAGAUGUGUGAUUUUAGGUUUAGAGGUUAUGUGUAAUAUGUGAGUCAAUACAUCUUCUAUAGAGAUAAAAUAGGCAGUUUGUCUUUUAAAUUGUAAAGUCGGUUUUAUGUUCCACCAUGUCUUAUGCAAUCAUGUACAAGUAAUGGUUUAACAAAACCAUUUUAUAUGUCAGCACGGAAAUGCAAUAAAUCAUUUGAAUACAA